UGGUGAAAAUAUGAUUUUAAUCUCAAUUUUCUUUAUAUUUUCUGUUUUUGAAAUUCGGUCGGUAGUAUCAGAAAAUAUUACGGUAGAACUUCCCCUCGGUAAUUUAAUUGGAAAAUUUAAAAACGGUUAUAUUUCUUUUGAAUCGAUUCCGUAUGCUGAACCGCCAAUUGAUGAAAAUCGUUUAGAACCACCGAAACCAUAUAAAACUAAAUGGAAUAUAAGAGACGCUACAAAGCAAACACAUCAACCUUGUUUGCAAUAUGAUCCUGAUAAUUCGGGGGUAAUUGGUAGCGAAGAUUGCUUAUAUUUAAAUGUAUUUACUCCAGAUUUAGAGAAAGAAAAGAGUUAUCCGGUUUUUGUGUAUAUUCAUGGUGGCGCCUAUCGUGUGGGAUCAGAUCAUAUGUUUGGAGAAGAAAUUAUUAUGGAAUCUGGUAAAUUUGUUUUUGUUUCUUUGAAUUAUAGACUUGGACCAUUAGGAUUUUUAUCAACGAAUUGUAAGGCGAUACCCGGUAAUAUGGGUUUAAAAGAUCAAAAAUUAGCAUUAAUGUGGAUUAAAGAUAAUAUUGAAAAAUUUAAUGGAGAUCCAGAAAAAAUUAUAUUAAGUGGUUUUUCUGCUGGUGGUUCCAGUGUUCAUUUGCAUUUAAUGUCGAAGGCAACCGAAAAUCUUACAAAAGUUGCAAUUUCAUAUUCUGGAUCAGCAUUUAAUCCAUGGGCGUUUGAUUUCUCGCCAAUGAAUAAAACAAUAGCUAUUGCCACCGAAUUUAAAUGCCCAAUGGAUAAUGGUAUGGCAGUUAAAAAUUGUUUAAAAAAAAUCGAUGGCAAUGAAUUGGUAACGAAAGGAUCUACAUUAUUUACAAAAUUUUUAAAUCUUCCAAUAUCAAUAUUCGGUCCUGUUGUAGAACCUAAUAGUGUUUCAGAUCCAUUUAUUACGGAUUUUCCAGAAAAUAUAAUACAUAGUGGUAAUAUGGCAAAUAUACCAUGGAUAGUGUCAAGUUGCGCGGAUGAUGGCGCAAUUAUCGCAUCAAUUUUAUUGAAUUCAAACGAAAAUGGAACUAAAAAUUUUGUAGAAUUUAGUGAAAAAUUUGAUGAAAUUUUACCAAUAAUUCUUUAUUAUGAUAAUAAUGAUAAAGUUGAUAGAGAAAUGAUGACAUCAUAUUUAAAAAGACAAUACAGUUUAAAAGAGAAAAGUGAUAUAACAGAGGAGAAUUAUUGGAAUAUACAACGUAUGCUGUCUGAUGAAUUAAUGAUUGAACCAAUUCAAGAUGCUGUUAAAUUACAAAGAGAAUUUAGUAAAGCACCAACAUAUUAUUAUGUCUAUGAUAACCCACCUCCAUAUGGUUUUGCAAAUGUAAUAUCAAAUCGUCCAGAAAUGAAUUUUGGUACAAUUCAUGGAGAUGAUUUGCUUUUGAUAUUAAAAUCAAACAUUCGUGAUUCCCAUCCAUGGACAGAAAUUGAAAGGAACUUGUCGGCAAAAUUUUUAGAAAUGUAUGAAAAUUUUGUAGAAACGGGUAUUGCUAAAUUUGGUGAUGAUGAUUUUCCACUGGAAGUUGAAGAUAAUUUAAGUUCACCCAAAGCUUUACUAAUAACAAAAGAUUCAAUAAAGUAAAUUUUUUUGGUUUGGUUCCGA